AUGAAAUAUAUAGUGUUUAUUUUAUUUUAGCUUAUCUUAUUUAGUUUAUCUGAAGUAGUAGUAAAACCUAGAAUUUAAUGUACAUUUUAAGAUUGUGAGGGUGAUGAUUUUUGUUAUUAAGGUUAUUGUACACCUUGUGAAAUUCCUAGAAAUUUAUGUAUUUUUAUAUUAUUUAUAUUAAGGGUUUCAAAGAAAACCAGAAUGGGGAACCAAAGUUGGUGAAGCUAUACAAGUACCUGCCUAUUCUAAUUUUGGAGAUGCUAAUGUAUUAGAUACAAAUAAAGAUGAAUAUUUGUAAGACUCAAAAAUCAAUUUUGGAGAAGAAAUUUAUGUUGGAUAAAAGUAAGAAUAUUUUAUUUAUUAAAGUUAUUAAUGUGUAUAAUUUGCCAGACGAUUUUGGAUCUAAAAUUAUAAUACAACAUUUGGAUCUGUUAAUUAUGCUGAAUAAAUAUUUAAUCUUUAAGAAGCAUAUAAUUUUGAUACUAAAAAAACCUUAUAAAUGAUGAAAUUUCAAAAUGGAGAUAUCCAUACUCCAAAAUUUGGUGAUUUAUUGAUUUGGUAAAAAGAUGAAGGUGAAUUUCCUUAUGGACAUGUUGCUGUUGUUAUUGCUGUUGAAAUUGAAUCCAAAUAUCCUCAUGUUUUGAUAGCAGAAUAAAAUUAUGAUUAAUCAUGGGAUGCAAGAAGUUUUUCAAGAGCAUUAAAACUUACUUAAGGAAAAAAUAAAGAAAUAAUAAUAUCCAACAAUAGAUAAAUAUUCCCAACAAAAGAGGAUUGGAAAUGUAGAGAUACUGAAAUUACAUCUUAAGGUGUCAUUUUAGGUUGGGUUCGUUUGAAUAUUUAAUGA